CCCGCUAACUCAAUCUAUUUAUUAUCCCAACUCGGACUGAUGGAUGGAGUCUGCGGAGUCGGAAACUCUUGUCAACGGCGAUACCUCGUCACCCCGCAAUAAGGACCAGCCUCUGGCCGCCGCUGCCGCCGCCACCUCUACAACACAUGAAGAUGAUCUGAAUGCUUCGGAUCACACGGCCGCGUCAUCCGUCACACUCAAUAAUGCAUCUCCUCAUGUAAUACCGCCAUACUUCAAUGGCAUCCGGCUUGAGCGAACAGAUUCGGCCACUACGGCUACAGGACGAGGGAUUGACCUUGUUGAUCAGUCAGACGAAGACCACGAGAUUGGAAGGGCUUGUUGGGCAAGUGAUGUGUCAGUCGAUGACUAUGUGGUUGUGAGCGGUCCUACAGGGAUUGGAGCAUAUGUAGUAUGGAGCUGCACCAUCGAAACAUUCAAGGGUGGCAGUAUCACUCUGCGCAAACGAUACUCGGAGUUCGACACCCUUAGGCACAAUCUCGUGAGGGCAUUUCCUUUAUCCGAAGCCUCUAUCCCAGAGCUACCAAGGAAAAGUCUAGUUUCUCGAUUUCGAACCAAGUUUCUUGAGCAGAGAAAGACUGGUCUUGCUCACUUCCUCACAUGCAUCCUUCUCAAUCCACAAUUCUCGAGAUCUCCGAUAGUUACGGAGUUCAUCAACUCUUGAGAUCGACAUACUUUGUACAUACGCGAGCGACAGAGCAUUUGGAACUUAGCGACAGACUAAUAGCUAAUCUUAUCAGCAUUCAUAUCAUAUUUGAU